AUGAGUGAAACGGUUGAUUCUCUCCCAUCAGGCCUACUACCAGAUGAGGCAUCACCCGAUUGGUUAAACAAAGGCGACAAUGCAUGGCAGCUAACUGCGGCUGCCCUGGUUGGGCUACAAAGCGUCCCUGGGCUAGUGAUACUUUAUGGAAGCAUGGUUAAGAAGAAAUGGGCGGUCAAUUCUGCUUUUAUGGCAUUAUAUGCCUUUGCCGCGGUCUUAAUAUGUUGGGUUACGUGGGCACAUCAACUCUCCUUUGGCGACCAAAAGAUGGGAAUCAUGGGCAGACCAAAUGUAGCCGUAACUCAAAAGUACUUGCUUGAAAAACACCCCAAUAAGAUGAUUCCGGAAGCUGAUUAUGUGUUUUAUCAGUUUGUAUUUGCAGCUAUAACUGUUAUAUUGUUAGGUGGUUCUCUGCUUGGGAGGAUGAACUUCUAUGCUUGGAUGCUUUUUGUGCCUUUGUGGCUUACUUUCUCGUACACUGUUGGUGCGUAUACAAUCUGGGACAAGGGAUUUCUAGCUUCGCAUAUUAUUGACUUCUCUGGUGGUUAUGUGAUUCAUUUGUCAUCCGGGGUUGCUGGUUUCACUGCAGCUUACUGGGUCGGGCCUCGAAAUGACAGUGAUAGGCAACAUUUCCCACCAAACAACAUAAUACACAUGUUGGCUGGAGCAGGGUUCCUAUGGAUGGGAUGGAGUGGAUUCAAUGGUGGAUCUCCCUUAGCAGCAAAUGAAAUCACUUCCCUUGCCGUGUUAAACACUCAUCUCUGUACUGCCACUAGCCUCUUGGUUUGGAUGUUUUUCGACCUAAUCUUCUACUCUAAAAGCUCGGUCAUUGGCGCUGUCCAAGGCAUGAUGACUGGCCUUGUGUGCAUCACUCCAGCUGCGGGAAUUGUUGAUUCUUGGGCAGCAAUGCUUAUGGGAGUCUUGGCUGGUUCAAUACCAUGGUACACCAUGAUGGUUCUACACAAAAAAUCAGCUUUCUUUCAACGAGUUGAUGAUACUUUAGGCGUGUUCCACACCCAUGCUGUCGCAGGUCUUUUAGGAGGCCUAUCAUCAGGACUUUUUGCCAAGCCAAACCUUGUGAACUUGUUUUACAAUCUUGAAAGCUCAGAGCAAGGUCCAGGCUUAUUAUACAGUAUAGUUAGUCAAAACGAGUCUGUCCAUUUCAAAGAUGGAAUUAAGCAAAUGGGGUACCAACUCUUUGGUGCAAUGUUUAUUGCUGUUUGGAACGUUGUGGUGACUAGUCUUGUAUGUAUAUUUGUGGGUCGUAUAGUUAACCUAAAGAUGCUUGAAGAUGAUCUAGAAAUUGGAGACGAUGCGGUUCAUGGUGAAGAGGCUUAUGCAUUGUGGGGGGAUGGUCAAAGACAUCCACCAUUACGAUCGCUUACACCUAAAAUUCCUGCAUUUUUAAGACGUACAUGACCAGUUUCAACUGUUAUUUUUUUGUUUGUUAGAACUUGAAAGGAUGUUUAUGAAAG